CUUCAGGUCUGAACGUGCGGACGGUGGAUUCUUCGGAUUCCAAACUCUCUUUCUCAGCGGGGACUUGUUGUUGGCGACUUGUUGUUGAAACCUUUAACUGUAUGCACACAUGCCGCUCCGCCUACGUUAAGUGCUGCUGCAGCUCUUGGUGUGAUUUGGAGGUUAGGGUUUGUGCAGAACAGUAGCUACAAGAUCCACCAACAGAAUGACCUUCACAUGUGACCAGUGUGGAAAGGAGUGGCUAAAAGCUUCCCAGCUGAAAAGCCACUACAGAAUUCACACAGGGGAAAGACCAUACAGCUGUGAUGUUUGUGGGAAGACAUUUCCAUGGCCAGGCUCUCUCACAUCACAUAUGAGAAUCCACACUGGAGAGAGGCCAUACGAGUGUGACCAGUGUGGAAAGGGAUUUAGAAAUUCUGGUGCACUCAGUCGACAUAUGAGAAUCCACACAGGAAAGAAAGCAUUUAAAUGUGACCAGUGUGGAAAGGAGUUUCAAAAUAUUAAUGGAUUUACUGUACACUACAGAAUUCACACAGGGGAAAGACCAUACAGGUGUGACCAGUGUGGGAAGGGAUUUACACACUCUGGUGCUCUCCAGCAACAUACGAGAAUCCACACUGGAGAGAAACCAUUAGAAUGUGAACAGUGUGGGAAGAAAUUUAGAGACUAUGCUGCGUUCAAUCAGCAUAAGAAAGUCCACGCUGGAGUGAAGCCAUUUGAAUGUGAACAGUGUGGAAAGAAAUUUAGAGAGUCUAAUAACCUUCGUAGUCAUAUGAGAAUCCACACAGGAGAAAAACCAUUUAAAUGUGAAGAGUGUGGGAAGGAAUGUACAACGAGUAGUAACCUCCAUAGUCAUAUGAGAAUCCACACAGGAGAGAAACCAUUUAAAUGUGACCAGUGUGGGAAGGAAUUUAGACACUCCACUGGCCUCAGUCAACAUUUGAGAAUCCACAAGGGGGUAAAAUCAUACAAAUGUGAUGUUUGUGAGAAGACAUUUUUUCAUUCCGGAGCCCUAUUAGCACAUAUGAGAACCCACACAGGGGAAAAACCAUACGAAUGUGAUGUUUGUGGGAAGCCAUUUUCAAAAUCAAGCUCCCUAGUAAAUCAUAUCAGAGUCCACACAGGAGAGAAACCAUACAAGUGUGACCACUGUGGGAAUGCUUUCUCUCAGUCAUCCAAUCUCCAUAAACACAUGAAAACUCACUCCUUGGACAUAGUAUAUGAGUGUGACCAGUGUGACAAGGCUUUUAAAACAUCCCAGGAGCUGUCCAGUCACUACCGAACGCACACAGGAGAAGAACCAGAUGACUAAAAAAAGAGGGAAAGCUUUCAUUUCUGUGAGGAACUGUCUGAAUCAUGUCCAAAUGUUCCAGACUGAAGAGAAAAGCUGCAGCUCUGACCAGUGUGGGAGGACUUUGAAACGUGCUCAUCUGAAGGUGCACCGCCUUUAACACACUAAAGGAGAAAGAGCUGCUGAGGCCAAAAAGCUGGAGCUCAGACUUCAGAGACUCCAGACUGUGGAGUUGAGCUCUGUGUAGUGUCAAAAAUUUAAAGCUUAAAAUUAUACGUAACCAUUUUUUAUUUAUUUUUAUUUUAAAGAGGUUUUAGCUGAAGUUUGUUCAUCUUAUUCUUUACUGUAUUAUUUUUAACGUUGAGUUUUUAGUUCUGCUUCACUGCGGUUCUCUAAUCAGAGACAUACUGUAUUUUUCGGACUAUGAGUCACUCUGAAGUAUAUGUCACACCAACUAAAAAAAUGCAGAAUGAAGAAGAAUAUAAACAUAUUUAAGUCGUACCGGACUAUAACUCACACUUUUUUGGGGAAAUGUAUUUGAUAAAAUCAGAAACCAGGAAUCAACAUUUCCUGUGUAAAGUCAAGUUGUAGUAAAAACAAUAGAAGAGAGAACAACAGACUGUUAACAUCACAUAUGAACAGUUCUUCAGAUAAAUAUAACAUAAACAAGAGAACAAGUUUAUCAAACUCUCCAUCUCACUCCAAAUCACAAAAUUCAUUCAAUUCUUCAUCCUCGGUGUUACUUCUGAGCAACUCGGUGACCUCUGGAGGUAAACAGCGCGCCGCUUCCUCUUCUGUGUCUCUGUUGUCAGACUCAGCAUCAGUUCCAGUUAGAACUAGAAAAGCACUCAGAGAGCGCAGACCUCCGCCAAGGACUACAGUCCCCCUCAUAUUAAUUGUGUUUUCCAUAAAUAUUUGUCUCGUAUCUUUCAAUUUGGAAUAUGAAAGAGGAUCCCAUUGUCCAUCCCUGAGUCAAAUUUCAUGGGGUUUGGUCAAUAAUUAACCGAGAUAUUGAGAAACUAAAUUUUUGGCCCCAUUUACCACAAUGUUAACUAAAAUUUCAAAGUGAUCCAGAAUCCAGGAUUUCUUCCGGAUCACCCCCAAAAUGAAAUCAGUUCUUCCUUUUCACAUUUCCAACAAAUCCUGAAAAUUUCAUCCAAAUCGGUCCAUAACUUUUUGAGUUAUGUUGCUAACAGACAAACAAACAAACAAACAAACAAACAGACAAACGCCAGCAAAAACAUAACCUCCUUGGCAGAGGUAAUUAUUCGGGUCUUUCUGAAUCCCGACAGGAUGGUUUCAGUGUCACUGAAGUCCAGACUUUGUCCGUCCAUCCAGUCACUUCAGGAAAGUUUCAUGGCGCACCCGCCCGGUUACCAUGAAGCUGUGUUCUUCAUCCCCACUUUCUGCCAGUCCUCAAAUUUUAGUCACUCCAAACUUUCAUUCUGCUGCUUGAUUAGUUUUCGGCUGCAUAUUUCACUACUUGCAGCAGAAGAUAUGCAGGAGACGUGCAGUAGAGUGAAGUGACAGUCCUACAGGAGGAACAGGAGCAGCAGAUACUCACACACAAGACAGAGCCUGUUGAGGCUUCAGUGUGAAUAUUUUAAUAUAUAACUCGCACAAGGGUAUAAGUCGCAGGAAAAACCCAAACCAUGAAAAAAAAAAAGUGUUACUUAUAGUCCGUAAAAAUAGCAUUUUGUCUUUUUAUUCUGUUUUGACUCUUGUUAGUGACCCACAACAGAUGUUUAUUCUUUUCACGGCUGCUGUGAGGAAAAAUAUUAGAAAAUAAAAUCAGUUUUAGCGUGUUGAGCUUUGCAGAUGUAGAUAAUGUAAUAAUGCAGGAGACAAAACAUAACUCCAGGUGUGUUUUUGAGGAGGGAACAACAUUAAAACAUGACUUAAAGCUCACAGGAGGCUAUUUUACAUAUUAUAGGACCUUUGAAAUAUAUUCAUCCAUUAUGGCAUUAUAAUUAUUAGAAAAGUGUUGAAUGAUUUGGGGGAAAAAAGUAUCUUUGUUAUCUUUGUUCAUGGCGCUGUUACAGAACAUAAGCUUGUAGUGUUCAGCCUGUACAAAUGAGUGGGAAUGUUGUUGUUCAUGAAUGAAUGUGUAAAAAUGUAUCACCAAUUUACCCCAAAAGUUUGUGCUCCGUUUGUGUUCUGAAGCGUGACGGAGAUUGUGUGCCACUGUGUAAAUAAAAGAGAACUUUGGUGGAGACUGGGGAGAGGGACGGGAGCCGCUCACUCUGCGCUCUCCUCGACCGCCAAAGGUGCUGUUUGCUCACAUUUAUAUCGCCACAAAACAAUGAUGUGUCUUCUUUAAAAAACAAAAAAAAUGAACAGAGAAUAUAGAGUUUUAUAGAGUAUUUUGGGGAAAUUUUGUGGUGACAUUUUAUGGAUUGUCUUUAUUGUUUUAAUAAAAAUUGAAAUGAAGAUUGAUCUUGAGUUUGCUUCCUCUGUCAUAUAAUAAAACGGUUUGUAGGAUUUAACAUUCUGUCUUCAUGGAAACCAAA